AGCCAAAGAUUUUCGGUACGUUUUUCUUUUCUGCUUUUAUUUCCUUUUCUUGUUAGUCUGCAUUUUUACUUCUUUUGGCGAUCCAAAGCCAUGAUUAAUUCUCCCUCCUCUCCUCUCCUCUCUAGCCACUAUCUUUAUAAAGAUAACUUCCUUAUUCCUUAGCGUGCCACCACCAAAUAGUAGUUUCUUCAUCAUUACAGAUUCACACAGUAGCCAUAACCAGUUUAUAGGUCUCUGCUCUCAUUUACUCUUGGGAUCCACCAAGGUUAAGGCUUAAUUAUAAUGGCAAGCGCAAUAGAUUCAAAUUUUGAACUUGAUGUGAGGCAACUAGGAGAACCAACUCUGGUUCCACCCGCAGAAGAAACAGACAAGGGUCUGUACUUCCUCUCAAACCUUGACCAGAACAUAGCAGUUCCAGUUCGUACAGUGUAUUGUUUCAAAUCUGCUUGUCGAGGGAACGAGGAAGCUGCAACAGUGAUCAGAGAAGCCUUGUCCAAGAUUCUUGUUCCUUAUCACCCCAUGGCCGGCAGGUUAACGAUCAGUUCAGAAGACAAGUUGAUAGUGGACUGUACUGGUGAGGGUGCAGUGUUCGUUGAGGCUGAAGCAAAUUGCGAGAUAGAACAAAUAGGAGAUUUGACAAAGCCUGAUCCUUCCACUCUUGGCAAGCUUGCUUAUAGCGUCCCUGGUGCCAGGAACGUACUUGAGAUGCCUCUUAUCACCGUCCAGGUGACAAAAUUCAAAUGUGGAGGAUUUACUUUGGGGUUGUGCAUGAACCACUGUAUGAAAGAUGGACUGUGUGCUAUGGAAUUUGUAAACGCAUGGAGCGACACUGCAAGAGGCUUGGAAUUAAAGAUCCCUCCAUUUCUUGACCGAACCAUACUCAAAGCACGCGAGCCUCCUAUUAUAGAGUUUCCACACCAUGAAUUUGCAGAGAUUGAAGACGUAUCAGAUACCACAAAACUAUACGAGGAACAAGACAUACUCUACAAGUGCUUCUGUUUCGAUCCCGAGAAGCUGAAGCUCCUCAAGAAAAAGGCCAUGGAAGAUCGCGUUCUUCAAAGGUGCUCUACUUUUGAAGCCCUUUCUGCUUUUGUAUGGAGAUCUCGAACUGAAGCCUUGAGGAUGAAACCUGAUCAACAAACCAAGCUUCUCUUCGCUGUUGAUGGACGGUCCAGAUUCGUCCCUCCAAUACCAGAAGGCUACUUCGGAAACGCCAUGGUGUUGACAAAUUCACUGUGUGAGGCGGGUGAGUUAUUGACGAAUCCUCUAUCAUUCACUGUUGGGUUGGUUCAGCAGGCCAUUGAUAUGGUUACAGAUCGGUACAUGAGAUCAGCUAUAGACUAUUUUGAAACGACGAGAGCUAGGCCCUCCUUAGCAGCGACGCUUCUGAUCACAACUUGGACUAGGUUGUCUUUCCACACCACAGAUUUUGGAUGGGGACAACCUCUGUGUUCUGGGCCUGUGACCUUGCCUGAGAAAGAGGUCAUCUUGUUCCUGUCUCAUGGGGAAGAGAGGAAGAACGUAAAUGUUCUUCUGGGUUUGCCUGCUUCUGCCAUGGAAACCUUUGAAGCACUGAUGCAGUUAUGAAAAUCUGCGAACCGUUAUUCUUGAUUGAUUUUCAUUAUAAAUGUUACACGUGCGUCCAAUGAAAGGCAUCUGCUAGUUUAGUUAAGCCCAUGUUUGCGUCUGCUAUAAAUUAAUGUUCUGUUGUUCAUAAUUGUGCUGUUGUUAAUUAUUGGGGAAUAAUCCUGUUCUCGUGGAUCUAAUUGUUAAACUUGGAAUAUGAAGUAUAAUAUAUAGAAGUGGUGUUCACUUCACUUGAAUUA